UCUUCCUCGUUCAAGCUCGAUAAAAAAACCCUCGUCUCUCUCUCUCUCGCUCGGUCGCUAACCGCGAUCCCAUCUUCGCUUCCCGAUCCUUCGAUGCUCUCCGUCGCUGCAGCAGCUGUAGCCGCCUCGCCGGACUCCGACGGAUGGUCUCCGGCGUCACACUGAACGCCGGCGACUUGCCUCGGAUCCGACGGAUCUGACCCGGCUCCGAACGGCCCCUUCUUAUGGCAUCAGCCCUCUUGGCCAGUCGAAUCGAGCCUUCGUGGGGUGACCGCAAGGUGUAUAUGAGGAAAUACACCGCCACAGCCGCCGAUAAUUCCCUCUUCAACCCCAAUUCGAACCCUAACCCUAACUCAAACCCUAGGCACGUCCACGAUCCCGCCAAUUUGCGCUUCCGUAAGGAGGAGGACUACGCUGCUGUCGACAAUGACACGGCCUCGUUCGCUCCGAGGUCGAGGUUUGACGCUGCCUCAGAGUACGUCACCUUCAAUCUUGGGGGUUUCUCGAGAUCGGAGCUCAAGGAGCUCAAGAGGCGCCUCGUGAUGGAGCUCGAGCAGGUCCGUAUGCUUCGGACCCGCAUAGAGAGCGCGGCAGCCUUUGAGGCCCGGCCUGUUUACCAGACGUCGCAGUUUUCGGCUACCCGGCCCUCGCCCGAGGCUGUGACGGAGUCUCCAAGGCUGAAAGACAAGGGGAUUGUGCCGAAGGCGCACACAGGGAAGAAGAAUUCGGGCAUUAAGCGUGGAAACCCUUUCGGGUCAGACAAGGAUCCGAAGAGACCCGUGAAGGAUUUGGUUGCCAUCCCAGAUAAGUUCGUUGCAAGCAUGAUGAAGCGGUGCGGCCUGAUCUUGUCGAAGCUCAUGAAGCACAAGCACGGGUGGGUGUUCAACGUCCCUGUUGACGCCGUGGGCUUAGGUCUUCACGAUUACCACCAGAUAAUCAAGAACCCCAUGGAUCUCGGCACCGUGAAGACGAAUCUCGAGAGGAAUCUCUACCAAUCGCCGCAGGAGUUUGCGGCUGAUGUAAGACUGACCUUCAACAACGCAUUGACGUAUAACCCUAAAGGUCAUGAUGUGCAUCACAUGGCGGAAACUUUGCUCGUGCAGUUCGAUCAAAUGUUCGAUCCUGCCUUCAGGAAAUAUGAGAAGGAGCAGCAGAAGAUGUUUGCCGCAGCGGAGGAGCCCAAACCCAGGGUUUGGGAUGAGGAAUUGGUUCCACAGAGCACAAGGAGGGAUCCGGAAGCAAUGCUGGUGGAAAAGAAGAGAAACCCCAGCCCAAAAUUCAACCCAGCAUCAGCAUUGUUGAAUCAAGAGGCACAGGUUUCUUCUCCACAAGUUGCACAGCCAACGCCAGUGGCUGUGCCUGGUAUGAAGCGAACAAAAUCCGGGAAGUUGCCAAAGCCGAAGGCAAAGGAUCCGAAUAAGAGGGACAUGAGCUUUGAGGAGAAGGCGAAGUUGGGGAUGAACUUGCAGAACUUGCCCCCUGAGAAAAUGGGUCAGUUAUUGAACAUCAUAAGGAAGAGGAACAAGCAUUUCGCGCAGGAUGGAGAUGAGAUUGAGCUCGACAUCGAGGCUGUAGAUACCGAGACUCUUUGGGAGCUUGAACGGUUCGUUUGCAAUUACAAGAAGCUAGCGAGCAAGAUCAAGCGCCAGGGGCUCAUUCAUAACCAGGUUGCUGCUUCAGAUAUCACCAACAAGUCGCCGGAGAGAGAAGUACCUGAAGGAGUUGUGACGCAUAAGGGAAGGAGGGGAGAAGCUGGUGGAGAGGAGGAUGUGGACAUUGGGGACGAGAUGCCCAUGAGUAAUUAUCCUCCAGUGGAGAUUGAGCGGGAUGCGAGAUCUAAUACCUCUAGCAGUUCAAGCUCGAGCAGUGAUUCAUCUUCAUCGAGUGGGUCAGAUUCUAGGAGUUCUUCUGGGAGCGAUUCCGAGGCAGACAGUGUUCAAUCGCCCUUUGUCGGUUCGAAAGGAGCCCACGGAACUUGAGGAGAGAGGAGGUAUUUCUUAUUUUGGUUGAAGAUUUGGGGACCCUUGAGAAAAUGGGUCGGUCUAAAUCCCUUGGCUUCAUGGAAGAAAGCAUCUUGGUGGGUUGUGUUGGAGUUGAGUGAGAGGUAAAAGAGGGUUUGAAGGUUGAAGUAUGUCUGUGCCUUUUGUCUGUUGCGAUUGUGAUGUUACUUGCAACUCCAAGGGAGAGAGGGCAAGGACUGGACAAGGGAAAUUGCAAGGCAUUGGUGGGGAAUUGCUCUGAAGUGGCUGGAACAGAGAGAUUAUUGCCAGAGCAAAGGAAGAACCAGGAUAUUGUAGGGACGACUGUUAGGAGGAUAGGGUAAUGCUAAUUCGAGAGGUAGGAGUAGGUGUUCUUUUAGUGUAGUUGUGCCAAAAUCUUCUGAAUGAAUGAUGGAUGAUCAAAGUAGAUGGCCAAAAAAUUUUUUGUACCAUACCCCCAAGUAAAUCCACCACGUGGUUUUCACUGUGGUCAAGAUGCAUAGCAAGAGUGAAAAACAUGUACAGAGUGAGAGGGAGAGAGAGAGAGUAUGAGAAAUGCAGAAAAGGGAAACAUUUGCUUGCUUGUUCUAGUACUUCAACCCAUGUGGGCUAUUCUUCCCCAUUUCCCUUGUCCAUGUUUAUGUGUAUGUGUCAUAAGAGAAGAGGCCUGUUAUAUUUGA